AUGCCUCUUACAAACGCAGAAAAACAAAGACGUCAUAAAGAAAAAUUAAAACAAGAUCCAGAGAAAUAUAAUGCGUACGAAAAAAAGAAGAGAGAAAACUAUCACGCCAAAAAAAGACUGAUUAAAGAUUUAAACCCUAAAGAGAGAUAUAACGCGAGAGUGAUUUGGAGAUUAUGGAAAAAGAAUCAAAGAGAACGAGCGCGAAAUCUUAAUAGAGUUUUUGAAGUAACGCCACCUAGCUCUUCACGAUUACAAGAGGAUAAUUUGCAAGAUGAUGUUGUACAGAAUAAAAAUGAUGAUAUUGAUCGAGAACAAAAUUUGUGCGCUUCCCCUACAGUUAGCGAGGCGUCAAAAAGAGGAAGAAAAAUAGAAAAAAGGGACAGAUCUAAAAUUUUUCGAGAAAUCAUUAUAUUAAAAAAAAGAAAACGAAAAACUCAAGCAAAAAUAUGA